AUGGCGCAGAAACGUGGCCAGCGAAAGAUACACGCUGGCCUCCGUUGGGUGGUGCUUGCCGCGGUGGGGUGCUGCACGGGCCUCGUGGCGGUGGGCGUGGACACGGGCGUGAGCCUCGCUUUCGGCGCGAGGGACCAGCUGGUGCACGGCGUGGCAGGAGGUGUGCGGGGCCCUCGGCGGGGGCCUCCCUCGGCGGGCGUGGCCUCGUGCCUGGCGCUGGCGUCCGUGGCGGGCGUGCUGGUCUGCUUCGUGGAGCCCCAGGCCGCGGGGAGCGGCAUCCCGGAGGUCAAGUGCCACCUUAACGGCAUCGAGAUCCCUCACUUGCUGGCCUUGCGCACCUUGUUGGUGAAGGCGCCCGGCGUCAUGUUCAGCGUCGCUGCGGGGCUGCCGUGCGGCAAGGAGGGCCCGAUGAUCCACAGUGGCGCCUGCAUCGCCAGCGUGCUCUCGAGGGCCUGCGCGGAGCGACUUCUGCAGCCGUACCGCCCAGACAUUGAGGCACGAGACCUCGUGGCCGCGGGCGCGUCCUGCGGAGUCGCCGCCGCCUUCGGCGCGCCCCUCGGCGGCGUGCUGUUCGCCAUGGAGGAGGGCGCUUCCUUCUUCGACCCGGACACCAUGCUGCGGUGCUUCGUCUGCUGCGCGGCGGCCACCCUCACCACGCACUUCUUCAUCUCGGGCGUGAACGGCUGGGAGGCGUGGGGAAGGAUGGGAGCGGACGGUGGCGCCCCGGCGAGCUUCGGCCGCUUCGACCAGAGCGGCUACAGAAUCUGGGAGCUGGCGGUGUUCGCCCUCCUCGGCGCCGCCGGGGGCCUCCUGGGCGCCGCCUUCAACUCCGCUAGCUCCGCUAUCCGGCGGUGGCGCCUGCGGAACGUGCCGCCGCGGGGGCUUCCCCGUCUGCUGGAGGUGCUGGCGAUCACCUUCGUCGUCUCCUCCGUGGCCUUCGUCGUGCCAGCGGCAACCUCGGAGGGAAGCGCCGCCUCCCGGCUGUAUCGUGCGCCGGGCACCGACAGUCUGCGGUCUCUGUCCGGUGAGGGCGAGUUCGACAAGGGCGGCCUCCUCGUGUUCGGCGUCCUCUACUACGCCAUGGCCUGCUGGACCUACGGCGCCGGCGUGCCCAGCGGCCUGUUCGUGCCGUCCCUGCUGGCCGGCGCGGCCUUCGGGCGCCUGGCGGGCGAGGCCCUGUCGGGCCCCUUUGGCCUCCAGAGCGACGUUGAGGGAACGUCGGACGCCGGAGUGUACGCCCUCGUGGGGGCCACGGCGCUGCUGGCUGGCAACGCCCGGAUCACGAUCUCGCUGGCCGCCAUCCUCAUCGAGGCCAGCGGCUCCACGCUCUGGGCCGUGCCGAUCUUCGUCACGACCAUGUGUGCGAAGUGGGCGGGGGACGUCUUCAAUGAGGGCUCUAUCACAUACAGAUCCACCAGAACGGCUGGCCUAUGCUGGAAGGCAGCCCAGACCAGGACACCAUCGUUGUGCACGCGCGGGACGUCAUGA